GGGAUACAGUUAGCAAAUUUGUGUAUGAAUACAAUGUUGUCAGGCAUUGAAUCAAGGGAAGUUACUCCGUGUAGGAAGUCAAGAAUUAAAAAUGACAGAGGAAGUGAAGGCCCAUUUUAAUAAGCUGCUACAAAGUGUAGAUGGUUUGAUGGCAAUAGUAAUCACUGACAGAGAUGGGGUUCCAGUUUUCAAAGUUGCAACAGAGCAAACACCAGAGCUUGUUUUGCGUCAUAAUUUUCUAGGAACAUUUGGUUUAGCUGCUAAUCAAGCUAGUAAACUUGGAAUGGGAACAAAUAAAUCUAUCAUCUGUAUGUAUGAAAAUCAUCAGGUAGUACAGAUAAACAAGUCUCCUCUCUUGUUGACAUUUAUAGCAUCCAGUGAUACUAAUACAGGUGUUUUAUUAGAUAUGGACAAUUGUUUCAAGGACAUUCUACAGGAUUUACAGAAGGUUGUGACUGUGUCCUAGUUUCAACAUUUUGUUAACUUUUAAUCAUUAUUUCACCUGUUCCGUUGUGCCAGUCCACUUUGGGAUGAUAGCUUAUAAAUUGUUGAAUUCAGUUCAGCUCAUUGAAUUUAUAAAAUAAGUUUGUGUAAAUUUUGUGAUGCAGUUAAACUUACACAGAACAGUGUGUAACAUUAUAGUGCAAUAAAUAUUUUGAAAUAUU